AUGUCUAACGUGGAGCUCGGUGUGCAGACGGAGAAGGCUUUCCAGAAGCAGCCCCUUUUCCUUAACUCGAAGGCGGCUCGCAAGACCACCCGUACCCGCCGGUGGUACAAGGACGUCGGUCUGGGCUUCAAGACCCCCGGCGCUGCCAUCAACGGUACUUACAUUGACAAGAAGUGCCCCUGGACUGGUCUCGUCUCGAUCCGUGGCCGUCUGCUGAGCGGCAAGGUUGUCUCGACCAAGAUGACCCGCACCGUGAUCAUCCGCCGGGAGUACCUGCACUACGUCCCCAAGUACAACCGUUACGAGCGGCGCCACAAGAACCUUCCCGUGCACGUUUCGCCCGCGUUCCGUGUCGAGGUCGGUGACAUUAUCGUGGCUGGCCAGUGCCGCCCCCUGUCGAAGACCGUGCGUUUCAACACCCUCAAGGUGAUCAAGAACAAGAGCACUGAGCGCGCCAAGGCGUUCAACCGUUUCUAA